GUAUGAGACCGUGGACGCGCUUUCCUCCUUCACCCGCCCCGCCGGUUUCCGUUCUUAGCUGCCGCCGGAGUUUGGGCCCGUGGACGGAUAAGGAGGCGGCGCCGGGGAGACGCAGGAGAAGCCCCCCCCCUCAGGUGGUGCUGAAAGUGAAAGAACAGUGUUUUGCCUGAAACUAUUUAGAGACUUUGUGGCUGAGGAAUAAAGAAAUCUCUGCAAGAGAAUAUUUGCACCCACAUUGAAUGUCAGAAAUAUCCAGUAAGGGAGUAUUUUAACUCCUCAAAUGCUUUGUCACUGUCUUCAACAUUUGUCCUUGUGAAAAAAUGAAUCAUAAAGGUCAAUUUAAGUAUAAGAAGACUGAGCUGAAAGUCACAUAGAGAUUUAAUACUACUUUUGAGGAAUAUACCAAUCAUCCCAUCAAAAUAUCUACCGCUAUGGCAGCCAUUCGGAAAAAACUGGUUAUAGUUGGUGAUGGUGCCUGUGGCAAGACAUGUCUGCUAAUUGUAUUUAGUAAAGACCAGUUUCCUGAAGUUUAUGUUCCUACAGUAUUUGAAAACUAUGUAGCAGAUAUUGAAGUUGAUGGAAAGCAGGUGGAGCUGGCCUUAUGGGAUACAGCUGGACAAGAAGAUUAUGAUCGACUUAGGCCACUUUCAUAUCCAGACACCGAUGUUAUACUAAUGUGUUUUUCAAUUGAUAGUCCAGAUAGUUUAGAAAACAUUCCAGAGAAGUGGACUCCAGAGGUGAAACACUUCUGUCCCAAUGUACCCAUCAUUCUGGUAGGAAAUAAGAAGGAUUUGAGGAAUGAUGAACACACAAGACGGGAGUUGGCUAAAAUGAAGCAGGAACCAGUCAAACCUGAAGAAGGUAGAGAUAUGGCAAAUCGCAUUGGUGCUUUUGGAUACAUGGAAUGCAGUGCAAAGACCAAAGACGGUGUGAGGGAAGUUUUUGAAAUGGCUACUAGAGCUGCUUUACAAGCCCGACGUGGCAAGAAAAAAUCUGGGUGCCUUCUGUUGUAAGCACAGCCAAGGGAAGAUGGCUGAAGCAGUGCCCUGCACUCAAUGAAUUUUUGAAGUGCUGUUUAUUAAUCUUAGUGUAUGAUUACCAGCCUUUUUCAUUUAUCUAUAAUUUACUUAAGAGAUUUAAAAUUGAGUCUUGCUACCAGUAUUUAGAAGCCAACCAUGAUUUUUUUAUAAUGGUCUGCAUCAAAUACAUCUGUGCACAUAAGGGUUAACUUCAACAUUCCUUUAACAAAACUUUUUUCUGCAUUUGCAGAGUAUGCCAUGCAGAAUAUGCCAGGCACUAAUUCAAGACAAUUCUCUAACUUCUUGCUUUUUUUUACAAAUGGGAAAAAGCUGGCGACACUGAGAAUUGGGCUGUAACUACUCCAUAACUAACAUGUUCUAGCCUAUUCAGGUACAGCACACAUAGCUGUGGAAAGGUCCUGAAUAAGUUCAGUGUUUUCACUUUAAAAGAAGGAUUUUUUUCUCCUCCUUCUGUUUGAAAGCUCUGAAGCAUAAAAUAAUAAUUGGAAAAUUAUUUCUCUGAAACACCAAAAGUCCCACCCAGCUAUGAAGUGACAGUUCUGUGAUUUCAUGUUAGUUACCUUAUAGUUACUAUGUAAUUAGUGCCACUUUGUGUGUUACCAAAAAAUAAAUCUAUAUGCCCCAGUUAGAUGUAGUAUUUUUUGUAUAAUUGGAUUUCCUAAUACUGUUGCUUGUAACUUCUGCGUAAAGUGUUCUGGGUUUUUUUAAGAGUGUACUUUCAAAUAAAGUCAAAUGAAGAAUGGUGCCCUUCCCACAUUUGUAACUAUCCAGGUCAUUUUUAUGACUUAAACACACCCAGAAAAGUCAUCUUUAAUACCUCCUUCAGGAGUAAGGGAAAGGCCAUUAUUUUUACAUUAAAGGUCACUGAAUGUUCCAGAAGCUUUAAGUUAACCCCUGCUGAAUCUGGUUCCAGUCUGAACAUAAACUUUUGCUUAUCAUCCGCUGGCCAAAUUCCCAUCCUGUGAAUGUCCUGCUGUUCUGCAGCAAACUAAACUCUUCUCUAUUUCUUGUUUCCAACAACUAAUAGAAUAAAGGCAGUUUUCUAAGCUC